AUGGGCUGCAACGCGUCGCUGCCGGCCUCGACGCUCACCGGCGCCGGCGGCGGCAUGCGCGCGCGGGGGCGCGCAGCGUCCGAGGACCUGCGGAAAGCUGUUGAGGCUGCGAGCGACCCCGCGGCGGUGGAGGCGUCGCGCCGCGCGGCGGCGCGCGCGCAGGACGACGCGCUUGCCAUGUUCAGUGCAAACGAGGGCCAAGCAUUCAGAGACAAGUACGUCCGAGCCACCCUCGUCUUCACCGCCGCGCACCGCUCCACCAACGAGGCGGUGGCGAUCAAGGCCAUCAAAAAAGAGGGCGACGGGCGGGGCCAGGAGCAGCAGCGGCGGCGCGUCAUGCUGGAGGGGCACCCCCAUGCUGUGCGGCUGCUUGAUGUGUAUGAGGACGCGAAGGCCUACCACUUAGUCAUGGAGAUGCUCGGGGGUGAGACGCAGACGGAGGGCCCCUGCGACGCAAAAUGA